AUGGAGCUGACGGGCUUCACGGAGGAGCAACUGACCGUCCGAGAUGCUGUAUCAGGCGUCUGCUCCAAAUUCCCCAACACCUACUGGCAAGAGUGCGAUCAGAAUGAGCGCGAUCCCAAGGAGUUUCACGCCGCGCUCGCGCAGGACGGAUGGCUAGGCAUUGCGCUGCCGGAGGAACUUGGGGGAGCUGGACUAGGUAUCUCGGAAGCAACGAUGAUGAUGCAGACCAUCACUCAAUCGGGCGCAGGUAUGGCCGGCGCCCAGGCCAUCCACGCCAACGUGUAUGCGACUCAACCGCUGGCUCGGUUCGGUACGCGCGAGCAACUGGAAGAGACCAUCCCCAAGAUCAUCAACGGCACGUGGCGCACGUGCUUCGGUGUGACGGAGCCGAACACAGGCCUCGAGACGCUGAAGCUGAAGACGCUGGCGACCAAAGUCCCCUCCCGCGAUGUCUACUCGGUGAGCGGGCAGAAGAUCUGGAUCACCUGUGCGCAGGUGGCCUCGAAGAUGAUCCUCCUAGCGCGGACCACACCGCUGGAGGAGGUGAGCAAACCGACCCAGGGACUGUCGCUGUUCUGCAUCGACCUCAACCGCGACCAAUCGGGCCUGGACAUGCGCAAGAUCAAGAAGAUGGGCGGCCGAGCGGUGGACGCCAACGAGGUGUUCUUCGACCAGUAUGAAGUGUCGGCGAAGACGCUGAUCGGGAAGGAGAACGACGGAUUCCGCAUCAUUCUGCACGGCAUGAACGCGGAACGGUGUCUACUGGCCGGCGAGGCCUUGGGGUUGGGCUAUGCGGCGCUGGAGCGAGCAGCGCAGUACGCGCAGGAACGAGUCGUCUUCGGCCGCCCGAUCGGACAGAACCAGGGCAUCGCGCAUCCGCUGGCGGAUGCGUACAUGAAGCUCGAGGCGGCCAAGCUGGCCACCUACCAUGCGGCGCGUCUCUACGAUGCCUCGCGACACGAUGAGAGUAUCCCUGCGCACUCGGUGGGAGUGGCUUGCAACAGUGCGAAAUAUGUCGCGGCCGAGGCGGCCUUUACGGCGUGUGAGCGGGCGGUGCUCAGCCACGGUGGAAUGGGCUACGCCAUGGAGUACGACGUCGAGCGCUACCUACGCGAAUGUUUAGUGCCCCGGAUUGCACCAGUCAGUCGCGAAAUGAUUUUGAACUACGUGAGUGAGAAGGUUCUGCAGCUGCCUCGGAGUUAUUGA